GAGACUCCACAUGUUGUUGUUAACGCGAGCAUGACACUUGCUGCUCUCCCUCAUUCCUUCCCUUCCGCGCUUCCGCUCUGCUUGGUUGUUUCCUAUAUAAAUAAAUGUUAUAGAGUUGAUGAUAUUUAUGAUAGUCGAUCCUAUAAAAAUUCGCGUCGACCUCAGAAAUGGCGAAUCGAAUUCUUCAGUUUGAUUAAAGAACGUAUUCAGCAGCGUAUCGAGAUGCUUCAUAUCGAAAAUAAAGAUGAUAAUAAAAAUUGGAUAUCUCGAAAUUUGUCGAAUGUUUAUCGUAGAAGAUUUAUAUGUGGCUAA